CACAAUCCGGAUUAAGUUCACAUGUAGCACGUAAUCCGUUUGUUGAUACACCGGUGUAGUGUAUUAAAAGGACACUCCCAUAAAUUUACAAAAUGUCUUCUACAAAAAUUGGCAAAGAUAAAGAUGAAUUGCUGGGUAAGCUUGCAGAGUGGAAUAUCCAGACAGAAACCAUAGAACACCCACAGGUGUUUACAGUAGAACAAGCUUUACCACACCUUGAAAACACAGAAGGCAAAUUUGCCAAAAAUUUAUUUUUGAAAGACAAGAAGAAGAGGCUGUACUUAUUCUGUGCCCCCCAUGAUGCAGAGGUUAAACUGAAUGACCUUGCUAAAAUGGUUGGGGCCUCUGGAGGGUUAAGAUUUGCAGACUCCAGUGUAUUGGAGGAAAAGCUUGGAAUUCUGGAGGGAUCUGUCACAGUAUUUGGAAUAAUUAAUGACACAGAAAAUGAGGUCAAGGUUGUUUUGGACCAGCGUCUCCUUGAUCAAACGUAUCCUAAAGUGUGGUUCCAUCCUAUGGUCAACAGUGCUACCACCAGCAUCUCGUCCAGUGACCUUAAAAUCUUCAUUGACAAAACCAAUCAUGAGCUUCUUGUUAUAAAUUUAAGCUGAUACAAUAAAUUUUUAAACCAAUAA